CAUGGGUUGCUCUGGCGUGGGAACUAAUUCGGUCAGGUUAUUGUUUCGAGGGUACGCAAAUGCUGCUACUCAGAACAACUUGUAGACACAGGAAGUGCACUUCAUCAAGAGUUGUUGGCUUUGGCAGGCAAAUGUGGCCCAGCCGGUUCAAUUUGCUUGAAUACGAUGUUACUUUCCUGAUACACUGGAGCGUCGUUGUCUCAUUUUUCCAUACGGAUCGAGAGAGCAGCUAUUGAAUGAUGUUAGUCGGCUAUAGCAGCAGCUCGGAUGAGGAAAGUGAUGCACGGGGUGUGCAGGCAAGUGUAGCUCCAGACCAUAACAAAACGUUUCCUCGAAAAUGUCUGCAGGACGGUGAUGGCAGUGAUUGUCCAACGAAGAAGAAGCUCAAAAUAGAGAAAUCCUCUUCAUCGACAAGGCUUCCACUCCCUGGUUGUUUGCUAUCCAUGUUUCCAGAAGACGAGGAGCCGCAGACUGAGGACAGCUCUUUGCAUGAUGGUCGUAUCCGAUCAUUCAAACAUGAGAGAGGAAACUGGGCAACUUAUGUUUAUUUUCCAUACAAACCUGAAGAAGAGUUUGGGGAGUUAAUGGAGGUUCUUCUGUCGACUGCAGCUGGCUUUGGAGUAGUUUUGGCCCCACAGGAGGAAUUUCAUCUCAGCCUCUCCCAGACAGUGGUCCUGAGACACCACUGGAUCCAGCCCUUCAUACAGAGCCUCAAGACAGGCCUGACCCCCUGCAAACGAUUUGUGUCCUCAGCAUCCAGACUGAAGGUCUAUUGUAACGCUGAGAAGACAAGAACCUUCUUAGGGAUGGAGGUUGUAACUGGGCACGCUCAGUUGUUAAAUGUUGUCCGGGUGGUGGACAGAACAUUGACGGACUUUCACUUGGACACAUUUUAUCAGGAUCCGUCAUUCCAUGUGAGCUUGGCCUGGUGUGUUGGGGACUUCACUGUGCAAUUGACACAAUGCCUUCAUGAACUUCAGAAUUUGGUCGAUAACCAUGAAGAGGAACCAUACCAGCUGUGGUUUGAAUGUGCAGAGUUGCGCUGCCGCGCAGGAAACAAGACCUUCCGUUUCCCUUUGGAUGCUUAAAACUGGACGUACUGAAUGCUACAAUACAUUUUGGCACAUGGCGUUUCAUUAAUAUGCAGGGAGUUCACAGUUCACAGUUUACAGCUGACAAAGGACUUUGUGGACUGGUGCCAGCAGAAUCUCCUCCAGAUCAACCCUAGGAAAACUAAGGAGUUGGUUGUGGAUUUCUGCAGGAAAAAGUCCUCACCAGCACCGAUGAACAUCCAGGGUAUGGACAUAGAGAGGGUGACCUCCUACAAGUACCUUGGUGUUCUUCUGAACGACAAACUGGACUGGUCUACAAACACGGACACCCUGAUUAGGAAAGGACAGAGCCGACUCUUCCUACUCAGGAAACUGAGGUCUUUUGGGGUUCAGGGGUCACUCCUUAAGACGUUCUAUAACUCGGUGGUGGCCUCGGCCAUCCAUUAUGGCAUUGUCUGCUGGUCAGGCAGCAUCUCGGCCCGGGACAGAAAGAGACUGGAGCGACUGGUCAGGAAGGCCAGUUCUGUCUGUCCUGGGUUGCUCCCUUGACACUCUGGAGGAGGUGGGCAACAGAAGGAUGCUAACUAAGCUAAAAGCUAUGAUGGCCAGUCCCUCCCACCCCCUCCAGCCCGCCCUGACAGCACUUGGUAGCUCCUUCAGCCAGAGACUGUUACACCCGCGCUGCAAGAAGGAGAGAUACCGACGCUCGUUCCUACCGACUGCUGUCAGGCUGAUGAAUAA